AUGGGCAACGCCUAUAAGACCAUGGGUUUCGACGUCUACAUUGUCCUAGAGUUCAACACCAUCAUGGUAUCCUUCACGUCUGUCGUCACCGCCUUCCUCGCUGUUUCUGCUGUUGCAAUCGCCAAACCAACACCAAAGCUUGCUGAACAACCCGUGGUGACCUACCUUGGUACCCAAGGUCCCAUCCUUUCAAGCGGUGCAUGGACUUCGAAGGGCAUAGUCUAUACCUCAGGGACCGUUCCUUCGGUCAAUGGAACGAUCGUGGUAGGCGGUAUCGAAGCUCAAACGGUACAUGAAUCCAACUCGUGCCGUUCCUCACGUCAUGCUCACUCAAAGCAGGCUCAAGUGAUCAAGAACAUUGCUGUAAUUCUCGAAGAAGCCGGAACAUCGUGGGACUACGUCAUGAAGACUACGGUGUUCCUUGCCAACAUGUCAGACUACACUGCGAUGAAUGAAGUCUAUGCUGCUAUGCUACCUAGCCUGAAGCCUGCCCGUACUGCUGUGGAGGUUGGCAAACUGCCGGGUAACUUUUUGAUCGAGGUUGAGGCUAUCGCUGCCAUUCCGGAUUCAUGA